AUAAAAAGUAACAGAAAAAGAAUUUAAUUUUAAUGCUGUGAACAAAUAUAAAGGUAAAAAAAAGAAAUCAUUUUCACAUGUUGAUUCUAAAAUGAUCUAUAUUGUUCAUCAUAAUAAUUAAUGAAGGUAGAAUUAAUAGAAGAUUUUGUCGUUCCAGCAGAUAAAAAAAGUAGGUUACUUAUGACUAAGAAUUGAAAGUAAAAUACAUAAUAAAGCAAAAGAAUGUUUUAUAAUUUUUAUGAAUAACCUCUUAAAAGAAUAAGAAGAACUAAAAUAAUUGUAAUUAGAAUUCGAAAAGUAUUGUGUCAAAGAUUAAUUAUAUAGUUUUAAAUUAAGAAUAGUUGUUUUAAAAAUAAUACAAUGAAAGUUAAGAAAAAUAAUGAGGAAACUUAUUAAGAAUUAGAAAAUUAAUUUUCUUUUUAAAAUUCCCCCCUGCAAACUGAAUUAAAUAAAUAGCUGUUCCUUACUUGCCAAGAUAAACCUCUUUAUUCUACUAAAAAAAAAGUAGAUUGUGAUACAGUUUCUUAAAAAUUUUAAAUUUCUAAAACUCAAAAACCUUUAAAAAAUCUAUAAAUAUCCCCGUAAAGGGAUAUGAUAAGAAAAAGUGCUUUAAUAAAGAUAAAAUAAGGCAUGGAAGAAAUAGCAAGUAUUAUUGCAAAUAUUGGUAGUCUUAAAAAUUGAAUUAAUAAGAAAUAAUAAUAAGAUGCAUUUGAAAAGAUGUUUAGGGAUUGAUAUUUAUUAGAUGAAAACAUUAAUAAUGAAAGUUACAAUAUAUUAAGGAG